AUGGCUGCUAGAUUCAACUCAAUCGAGUAUAAAAUCCCCAAGAUCUUUCCCAAAAUAAGGUCCCAGAUCUCAAUCAGGUCAAUUUCAUCAACAAAACCAUCAUUAUCACCAUCAAGAUUCAAUAUGCCCAAGCCAAAAGUUCUUAGAGUUGGAAAAAUCUCAUUUGCUUAUGAGAAAUGGCAAGAGAUUUCCAAGUUGGUUGAAGUUGUUGAUUGUGAAUCGGCAAACAGACAAGAGUUUUUACAAGAUUUACAAGGAAAAUACAAAGAAGUGACUAAUGUUUUACGUACAUUUGCUUCCGUUGAACAAACUGGGAGAUUCGAUGAGGAAUUGGCCCUGCAUAUGCCAGAUACUUUGGUAUCGGUGAGUCAUACGGGUGCUGGGUAUGAUCAAGUUGAUGUUGAGCCAUUCACCAAGAGAGGAGUACAAGUGUCGAAUGUGACAGAACCAGUUGAGGCUCCAACUGCUGAUACAGCUGUAUAUUUAACUCUAACAUGUUUAAGAAAUUUUCAACAAGGACAUGAAUUGAUGAUGAAAGGUGAAUGGCCAAAAAAGGGUUUUGCUGGUGCUAGAUUAGGAAGAAGUCCCGAGGGUAAAGUUGUUGGUAUCUUGGGAAUGGGAGGUAUUGGACGAGCAAUUCGUGAUCGAUUAAAGCCAUUUGGAUUUAAAGAAAUUAUCUACCAUAAUCGUAGCCAGUUGAAGCCGGAAUUGGAAAACGGAGCCAAGUACGUUACCAAAGAUGAAUUAUACCAACAAGCUGAUAUAAUUUGCAUUAGUGUUCCAUUAAAUGCCCAUACUCGUCAUUCAAUUAAUAAGGCCGAGAUUUCCAAAAUGAAGGAUGGAGUAAUUUUAGUCAAUACCGCAAGAGGAGCAGUCAUUGACGAAUCACAAUUACCGGAAUUGAUCAAGUCAGGUAAAAUCGGAGCGUUUGGUGCUGAUGUGUUUGAAAAUGAGCCGCAAGUUUCGCAAGAACUACUCGAUUUCUCCAAUGUUGUUAGUUUACCCCACAUGGGAACAUAUACUUUUGAAGCAAUCAAGAAUAUGGAAGAAUGGGCAGCUGAUAAUGUCGAAGUUUGUUUAAAGACAGGCAAAGUUAAGUCUAUUGUGCCAGAACAGUACAAUAUGAAGAUAGAUGCAAAGCCAUUGAUAUAG